AUGGCUGACGGGCGAGCGAGCAGAACAACCGUGUUGACGGAGCGGUCGGGUACACGUUGCAACGGAAAAACGGAGAGAGAGUGGCGCGUACGAACGAGCUCGCCUGCGCCGGGCGCCGGUAACAGCCUACCAGUGUUGCCAAAAUUGCGGCUGCCGGCGCGCAGCGCCCAUGAACAUGGUUACUGCGGCGGUCGGUCGAGCGUGACCACCGACGGCGGCAAUGUUGUUAUCAAACGGAUCGAACAUACUCCCCCUUGCAAGUUCAGCGAACUUGCAACAGACUUCGAUCAACCAUGA